AGACCUGGCCUUACCAUGGAUGAAAAACCUCAACAUUCUCAUUGUGUCAACUGUGUCAGUCGACGUUGUAUGAUCAGGCCUGACAAUGGCGUUUCCUGCGAUUUAAUUGGGUGUCCGCAUGUGUGUGGGGCAGUCUUUCAUUCCUGUAAGGCUGAUGAACAUCGAAUAUUAUGCCCCCUGGAAAGAGUGCCUUGCUUAAAUAAUGGCUUUGGAUGCCCUUUUUUUGUGACCCGAAACAAGCUAGCAGAGCAUUUGCAAAUAUGUCCAGCAAGCGUAGUAUGUUGCACUAUGGAAUGGAACAGAUGGCCAGUAAGUUAUGCUGAUCGAAAAUCUUAUGAAACCCUGAGUAAAGAUGUUGAUGAAGUAGAGCAGUUGGAUAUGGCCUUAGCGCUCCAAGAUCAACGAAUGCUUCUGGAAUCCCUUAAAGUGGCAACCACAAUGCCAAAAACAAGCGAAAAACUUGAGUCGCACAAACCAAUUUCCGCAGAAUCGCUUAAUUGCGAUAAGCCGACUGCAAACGGAAUUGCAAAUGGACUUGCUGAUGAAAUUACAAAUGGAAUUGCCUUGAAACCUGCUGAUCAAAUUUCAAAUGGCAUUGCCUUCAAACCUGCAGAUGGACUUGCUGAUGAAAUUACAAAUGGAGUUGCUAGUGAAAUUGCUAAUGGAAUUGCACAUGGCGUUUCUGAUGAUGAAGAUUCAUACAGUGCACUGUAUCAAGCGACUGUAGAGACCACUAAAAGUUUAGCAGCUGCACUGGAUAUUCUUAAUAAUGCCACAAGAGACAUUGCCAUGCUAAAUGGAAGGUUACUAGAGGCAAGCUGUGAGAUGAACAAAAAUUUCCAGUUGCCGGAACAGAAUUGUAUAGGGAAUUAUAAUCCAGAUCAGGAAUAUGAAGAGGAAGAAACUGUUGGAGCUGCAGGUGGCAUUGCCUGCAGCCCAGUAAAACACCUGUAUCAGAAUGGCUCAAGUGAUUUAUACCCUGGGUCAAAUGGCAGUUAUGACCUAGUUAAUGAAGACGUUGACUUAAAUAAUCCACCUCUUUUGUGCAAUGGAUUUCACACUCAAACGAAAAAUAUGUGUAUGGACCUAAAUCCAGGAGAUGUGCAUAUUUUUGAGCCUAGGCAAAAUGGUGAUUGUGAUUUAGAAAUGGAUUCUGAGGAGGGCUUGCUGAAUCCAAAUAAACCCUUGUCUGUUGUAGUACAAGCACAAGAAUCUGGUAUGGUGAAUGGUAUCAAAGCUGAGGACACUGAAAGAGAUCAAAGGCUAGAUGGAAAAGAUGAGCAAGGAUUGAGAAAUGUAGCUGUUUUUGGUAGACGUCCUUUUCUUGUUGAUGCUCACUGGUUUAAAGCUAAAAUGGAAGACAAAGCUGUUGAUACAGCAGAUUUGGACAUUAAGGAAGAUCCCAUGGGUCUAAAUGGAAUUGACCUUAUUACAGCUGCUUUGCUUUUUUGCUUAGGGGAUUCACCUGGGGGAAGAGGCAUUUCAGACAGUCGGAAUGUUGAUGGCUAUCAUGUUGAUUUCGGAACACAGACUUUUUCGUUCCCAUCUGCAAUACUUGCUACAAAUACAAUGGUCGGAGAAAUUGCCUCAGCUUCUGCAUGUGACCAUGCAAAUCCACAGCUUUCUAACCCCAGUCCUUUUCAGACACUGGGUCUGGAUUUAGUGCUGGAAUGUGUCGCAAGGUAUCAAACUAAACAGAGAUCAAUGUUUACGUUUUUAUGUGGGCAACUAUUUAGAAGGGAUGAAUUUUCUUCUCAUUUCAAAAACGUUCACGGUGAUAUUCAUGCAGGCCUCAAUGGUUGGAUAGAACAAAGAUGUCCCUUGGCAUAUUAUGGAUGCACUUAUUCCCAACGCAGAUUUUGCCCUUCAACGCAAGGAUCAAAAAUUAUUCACGAUCGACAUUUGAGAUCAUUUGGUGUUCAACCUCAUUUAUCUGCCUGCUUUGAAAAUGCAAGGAGUUGUUCAGUAGGACUGUCACAUGAUCAUUUUAGUAAUUUACCAUACGAGGUUCUCCAGCACAUUGCAGGAUUCCUCGAUGGGUUUAGCUUAUGCCAAUUUUCUAGGGUAUCCAAACUUAUGAGGGAUGUGUGUGCCAGUUUGCUUCAAGCCCGUGGAAUGGUUGUUCUGUUGUGGGAAAAGAGACAGUACCCAUCUGGAAGUUCAUGGCAAAUCAAAGAAAAGGUUUGGAGAUUCAGCACCGCUUUCUGCACUGUAAGGGAGUGGAAAUUUGCUGGCAGUGUGAGCAUGGCUGAUCAUUUGAAGAAAUGCAGCUACAAUACUGUAGAGAAAAGAGAAGAGGCUGUUCCCCUUCCCUGCAUGUGUGUGACUCGGGAACUCACUAAAGAUGGCCGAUCACUUCGGUCUGUCUUGAAACCCGUCCUUUAACUACCCCCCAAAAAAAGGGACACUCCGACUGCACAAACACUCAAGCACCAAUUUUAACCUCUAUA